AUGAAAUUUACAGCCUGGCUUCUGCUGUUCCCGUUCUUCAAAGUUCUCAUAAAACGUUCUAUCGGCCCAUCAUCCGAGGUCCAUCUUCAACCUCCCUCAAUGUACCUUUCUCCUAUUUGUAUUUUGCACCCUGAGACAGGGGUUUCCAGCAAUCUAUACUGUACCUUUGUAUUCCCCUCGCCGUCAUAUUCAUCAUACAAAGCGGUUUCAUUUGCAGCCCGCUGCUAAUGACUGCGGAUUUUCUAUGUGGACUUUGCCGGCUCGCUGCUGCUUCCUCAUGAAAUGGGGCUGCACGGUAUCCCUGUUCACCGAAUCAGCGAUCCGUGUAACCCUGCAGGUUGCUGUGACCAAUCGUGCUCUCGCCUCCACUCUGACUCUUCAACAGAUAAACCCUAGAGAUGGAUGAUGCCGUACCUCUUCCUUGUUCGGGAAAGGGAGGAAAGAGAGUCGAGUGCGGUACUGUGCACAACACUGUGCUGUACAGUACUCAUACAAGUACUGUGGAAGGAAGAGAAAAAAAAAAAGGAAAGGCUGUGCUUGUUGCGUCAACUCCCUUACCGAACGCCCGAACAAUUCAUUUGGCACCCGUUAUCUAACUUUUUCUGGCCCUGACUUCCCAGAAUAUCCGCAGGGGCUUCCGCACUGGGAACUUGUCCUGCCUCAUUCACUAACGAGUUUGUCGGGACAAACCUCAAAUCUCUUUCGACUGCGGCAGUCUCCCCGCCUGUAUAAGAAAAUGGAUGAUAAAAAAAAUGGGGCAGGAAUACCACAAAUAAGCAAGAGCCUCAAUAUCCGUAUUGUUGUUUUACCACCUAAGGAUGUUUGUUUCGUCUAAGAACGUCGGGCGAGGGGAUGGUCAGCGCGACCCUAAGUCGUUUCUAGGCUGUUAACUUUGCCAGGUUGUGAAACCUUAUCCAUAACAAAUUCCUUACCCUGUGCAAGAGAGAGCAGAAUAAGAAAACAAAUAAAAAA